AUUUUUAAAUGUGACGUUCCUGAUCUUUAGCCCCAGAGUUCGUAACUUGCGGCGUCUUUCGGUUUUAGUUCGACUCGUCGUGUCACUAGUAUCAUCUGCAGUUCAGCUUGCCGAUCGAGGACCAGGCAAUAUCAUCAAUUUCAUUUCCUUUUUAAAAGUUAAAUAAAACAACAGACUAAACAUGUGUGACGAAGAAGUUGCCGCACUCGUAGUUGACAAUGGCUCCGGUAUGUGCAAAGCCGGAUUCGCCGGCGAUGAUGCGCCCCGUGCUGUCUUCCCCUCGAUCGUGGGAAGGCCACGUCAUCAGGGUGUCAUGGUUGGAAUGGGACAGAAGGACUCGUACGUCGGUGAUGAGGCCCAAUCGAAGAGAGGAAUUCUCACUUUGAAAUAUCCAAUUGAACACGGAAUUGUCACCAAUUGGGAUGAUAUGGAGAAAAUCUGGCAUCACACCUUCUACAAUGAACUUCGAGUUGCACCCGAGGAACAUCCAGUUCUCCUCACUGAGGCUCCCCUAAAUCCCAAAGCUAAUCGUGAAAAAAUGACUCAAAUUAUGUUUGAGACCUUCAACACACCCGCCAUGUACGUCGCCAUUCAGGCCGUACUUUCACUCUACGCUUCCGGUCGUACCACCGGUAUUGUCCUCGACUCUGGCGAUGGUGUCUCCCACACCGUACCAAUCUACGAGGGAUACGCUCUUCCUCACGCUAUCCUCCGUCUUGACUUGGCUGGUCGUGACCUCACCGACUACCUCAUGAAAAUCCUCACCGAAAGAGGAUAUUCAUUCACAACCACCGCUGAACGUGAAAUUGUCCGUGACAUCAAAGAAAAACUCUGCUAUGUCGCUCUUGACUUCGAACAGGAAAUGGCCACCGCCGCAUCGUCCUCCAGUCUUGAGAAGAGCUACGAACUUCCCGACGGUCAAGUCAUCACCAUCGGCAACGAACGAUUCCGAUGCCCCGAGGCUCUCUUCCAACCAUCCUUCUUGGGUAUGGAAGCUUGUGGAAUCCACGAAACCACAUACAAUUCAAUCAUGAAGUGCGACGUUGAUAUUCGUAAAGACUUGUACGCCAACACUGUUCUCUCCGGUGGUACCACAAUGUAUCCAGGAAUUGCCGACAGAAUGCAGAAGGAAAUCACUGCCUUGGCACCAUCCACAAUGAAAAUUAAGAUUAUCGCACCACCCGAAAGGAAAUACUCCGUCUGGAUCGGAGGAUCAAUUCUUGCUUCUCUCUCGACAUUCCAACAGAUGUGGAUCUCCAAACAAGAAUACGACGAGUCAGGACCAUCAAUUGUCCACAGGAAGUGCUUCUAAGCGUCUAGUCGCUAAUUUUUGUCGAUUUCUCACAUUUUCGACUCUUGAGAUUAUAAUAAUCAAUGUUUGCGCGAUAUAGAAAUUAAAGAAAAUAAUGACGAUGAUACUGUUUAAAUCGAUAGAGAAAUGAUGCUCAUUAAAAAUAAGAGUAGAAGUAUUAAAAUUAUUAAUUAAAAAUUCCACUUUCUACGUACAUUUUCUUUUUUUGCAUAAAAGUGUAAUUUUAUGACAUUUCUAAAAGAAAAAAAAGACAGAGAGAGAGGGAGAGUAGAGAGAGAGAGAGAAAAAUACACUUUUGUGCAAAAGAAUUAUUUUUUUUUUAUAAAAAACAAACUCAAAAUUUUCGAUAAGCAUCAUUUUCAUAUCGUUUUAUAUGUCUAUUUCCUGACAUUGAUUAUUAUAAUCUAAAAACUCAUUUCAUGUCAUUAAUUACUGUAUCUAAAGCUUGUCGAAGAAAUACAAUAAUUAUUCUAAGGAUUAGUUUUAUAAUUUUAAUUCAAUAAAAUUGUUUUCAACGAAAAAAAAAA